GUUUCCCCGGGUUCCCAUUUAUCGACCAGCUCGAGAGGGAGGAUGCACAGCUCGGUCAUGCCCUCAUCUUCACCUUUCCUCCUCUCCUGGGCAAGUUGAACAUCGCCUUCGAGGGGGACGAGGGUGUGGAGGCGCAGCGAUACGAACUCAAAGAACACACCGAGUUGCCAGCACAGCCCUCGGAGCCGCCGCCACCACUGCCAGACCCUGCCGCGGACAAACCCAAGACACCGCAGGCCACAACCGAGGAGCAAGAAGCCGCAAAAGACACCAAAAACAAUGAAGCCACGCGGGGGAAGUGGAAGAACAAGGCUGAGUGCCUGGUGUCGUGCAUCUCUAUGUCCAUCGGCAUUGGUAACAUCUGGAGGUUCCCGUUCGUGGCUCUGGAGAACGGCGGCGGUGCAUUCCUCAUCCCUUACCUGAUCGUGCUGCUGUUCAUUGGCAGACCGAUGCACUACCUGGAGCUCAUCCUGGGACAGUUCUCCUCCUGUGGCCCCAGUCAGGUGUGGGAGAUGCUGCCCGCGUUCAAAGGUGUUGGCUACGGACAGAUGCUCGUCAACUGGUUCGUGUCCACCUACACCGUCUCGCUGAUGGCCACCUGCAUGUUCUUCUUCUUCGCCUCGUUCAACCAAGAGCUGCCGUGGGCGUCGUGCGGGCUUUGGGCGAGCGAGGCGUGUGUGGAUGCCGCGACCAACGUUACCAUGCUACAGGGAGGCACGUCGGCCGCGGAGGAGUACCUGAUGAAACAGGUUCUAAAAGUGGACUUCGAGGGGUUCCGCAGCGGCCUCGGUCUCCCGGACUUCCACCUAAGCAUGUGUCUGGUGGCGUCCUGGGCGGUGGUGUUCAUGGUCCAGAUACAUGGCAUCAAGACCUCGGGGAAGGCCGCCUACUUCAUUGCCAUCGUGCCCAACGCACUGCUGCUGGCGCUGUUCAUAAGGGGCGUGACUCUGCCGGGCUCAGCUGAAGGCAUCAUGUACUUCCUGACGCCGAGAUGGGAGAAGUUACUGGAUAUACAGGUGUGGCUGGCGGCCGUAACCCAGGCGCUGUACAGCCUGACCAUCGGCACCGGCGGUGUGAUCACGAUGGCCUCCUACAACGACUUCAGGAACAACAUCUACGUGGACUCAGCCUUCAUCUCCGUGGCGGACACCGUGACCUCCUUCCUCUCCGGCGUCACCACCUUCGCCAUCCUGGGCCACCUGGCGGUCCUAAUGGGCGUGGACCUUCCCGACGUGGUGCAAGGGGGUGGUACGUCCCUUGCCUUCGUCAGCUACCCCGAUGCCCUGGCGAGGUUCCCGUGGCUGCCGCAGAUGUUCUCCGCGCUGUUCUUCUUCAUGAUGUUCACGCUGGGGCUGGGCAGCAUGGUGGCGACGACCAACGUGCUCAUCACCGCCGUCAAGGACAACUUCCCGCAGCUUCCGACGUGGAUGGUGAGCCUGUCCGUGUGUCUGCUGGGCAUGUUCCCGGGACUCGUCUACGUCACGCCGCAGGGACAGCACGUGCUAACACUGGUCAACCACUACAGCGGCAACCUGUCAGUCCUGCUGCUGGUGACGCUGGAGGUGGCGGGCGUGGCCUGGGUGUACGGGCUGCGCCGCCUCGCUGCCGACAUACACUUCAUGCUGGGCCGCUCCACGGGGGUGCUGUGGAAGGCGAGCUGGCUGCUGGUCAACCCGCUGUUCCUCGCCGGCGUCCUCGUGUACAGCCAGACGCAGGCCACCGUGCUCUCCUACGGCGACUACGUCUUCGGCACUAAGGAAACGGCGGCGGGCGUGGUGUUGUCCCUGGUGCCGGUGCUGCUGGUGCCCGUGCUGUUCCCGGUGGAGGUGGUCCGCAGGUACAAGGCGUCGGGGCAGCUGAUGCACACCCUCACCAACGUCUUCGCCGCCUCCCACAAGUGGGGGCCGAGGGACGCGAAGCUCAGGCAGGAAUACGACAUCUACCUGGAAGACCAGCUGGGGGUGAAGCGCUGACCGUGACCCUGGAGACCAUCAGCUGCAGGUCAGCCGCCAAACAUAUGUAUAGACCUUGUAUAGUCUGACACGGGUCGUAUUCUUUAGCAUUUCGAGUCCCAGGCACACUCAUUAGUCACGGUUUUCAUAGGCGUUGUGUGCAUUGCAUGGGGUAGUUUUAUGGCCCUGGUGGUAGUCUGACUCUUUCUCUGUACCGUGAACCUAAAAUAAAACUCAUAAGAACCCGACUGAUUACCUUUCUGGCCACUUAAAUUAAUUUAUGUGAGUCUGAAGAUUAUGAUAAUACGGACCUCAAAUAUGUCCGUUUCGGUGGGGUCCCGCGCCUCACCCCAGCUCUGCCACAUCAUCCCCAAUACGUCACUCACUCAUUUAUCAGAUAUUCACUAUUAAAAGUUGUGUGUUAAAUAUUCAGUAUAUAUUAAAUAAGGCUAUCUAGUGCUUUGAAUGUGUUGCGCUUCAGGAUAACAACAAUGAACUGUAUAAAUUCCUUAACACAUGGCAACGUUGCUCUUCUGAUGUUGCCAGUGGUCAACAAUACCAAUGGUCAUAUUCUUAAAUAUUUCCGCUGCCAAACAAACAUAUUUGACAAGGCUUUCACAGGAAUUAUGGACAUGUUUAAGGAUAGCUUUAUGACCCUGGUGGCAGUGUGACCCUUCUUCUGUACCGUGAAACUGAAAGACACUCAUGAGAACCCGACUGAUCUCUUCGGCCCUUGGAAAUAGUUGAUGUGAGGGAUGGAAUCGUCUGGCAACACCGACCUGUGUUUCCACCUUCAAGGGUAUGUUUGGCAACGCUGUGGCGAGGAUAUCCCCGCGCGCUCCUCCCUAAAAACGAACUUCAUAGCUGAGUCAGACUUCAGUAUUUUUGCACCAUUGAGUCUUUUUUAUGUCUCGUAUUCUCUUACAUUCUACCGUAGAUUUUUCCGUAAUGUCUUGAAUAAAAACCGUAUCAAAAUGUUUCAGCAGAGCUGCUUAAUAUAUCGUCAUAAGGUAAAGACUUGCACUCUAAUGAGUUGAUUUCCUUUCUCAAUAUCAUAUUUUGUGUAUCAAUAACAAAAUUACUCCUAGACAUCCCUUCUCUUUGAAUAAUAAUAUGUAUUAUUUGAACAAAGGUCAUUGCAAACUGUUUCAGCACUUUGUAGCACGACUUUACAUUAUUCAUGUCGUUAGAAUGAACAUUUUAAGAUAUGCUGCAUUAGGCUACUCAUACCCAUGUUGCUGCCACACACAUAGAUAAUUUGCAUUAAUCUACUUCAUCCUUGACACUAGUAGAGUUUGUAUUCCCAAGAAACUUUGAGGAAGCCCAACAGAAAACGAAAGUUUUGCGAUACUCAGCCAUCAACAACAACAGCUCAAACCGAGUUGCUGGCCGAGAAGUUAAAAAUGGUGAUAGUGCAACAAGAAUGCGAGAGGGAGCGAACCGCUGAAGCCGUGAAGCUGCUUCAGGUGCAGCAAGGAUGAGAGAGAGAGAGAGAGAGAGAGAGAGAGAGAGAGAGCAGCAGAGCAGGUGAAGGUGCUGAACUUGAGGGAAGAGGCAGAACACCUGAAGAUCCUUCUCCUUCAACAACAACUAAAAAUAGG